AUGUCGACCAUGCCCGCAUCCCACGGCCACAGCGAGGCCUGCUGCAACGUGCCUCCCAUUGUCUCCAAGGGCUACAAGGCCAAGGGCUCCUACGAGGAGAUUGGCGGAUACAAGACUUACGUCACCGGCCCCUCCGAUGCCACCAAGGCCAUUGUUGUCAUCUACGACAUCUUCGGCUACUUCGACCAGACCAUCCAGGGCGCCGACAUCCUAGCCUUCAGCGACGACCACCAGAAGUACAAAGUCUACAUCCCCGACUGGUUCGAGGGCAAGCCCUGCCCCAUUGAGUGGUACCCUCCGGACACUGAGGAGAAGCAGAAGGGCCUCGGCAACUUCUUCGGAACCUUCCCUCCUCCCAAGAUUGCUGGUCUCGUCCCCGACUACGUAAAGGCCGUCCAGACCAAGGACUCGUCCAUCGCCAAGUUCGGCAUCAUCGGUUACUGCUGGGGAGGCAAGGUCGUUGCCCUCACCACCAAGGCCGAUACCAACCCCUUUUCUGUCGCGGCCUCGAUCCACCCCGCCAUGGUCGAUGCCAACGACGCGGCUGGUGUCACUAUUCCUACCGCGCUGCUAGCUUCCAAGGAUGAGGAUGCUGCGGAGGUCAAGAAGUUCGAGGCCGCUCUCACCGUCCCCAAGCAUGUCGAGACAUUUGCCGACCAGAUCCACGGCUGGAUGGCCGCCCGCGCCGACCUCGAGGAUGCCCGUGUCCGAGAGGAGUAUGAGCGUGGCUACAAGACUGUCCUCGGCUUCUUCGGCAAGAACUUCUAA